AUGGAUCUUGUCACAAAACUAAAAGAUAUCUUGGCAUCUGUUUCAAGUUCAAAGUUAGAUUUUGAAAAUGAUGGAGAAAUGUCAGAGGAGGACUACCAGAAUUUGACUGGGCUGAACAGGAUGGACUUUGAUGUUGUAUGUCAAUACGCAUCACAAACCAUGCGCAACACACCCACGCGAAGCAUUAGGACAUCAGUGGGUAUAUUUCUCCUGAAGAUGAAAUCUGGCCUGCCAAAUAAAAUCAUGGCCACUUUAUUAAACAUUUCAAAAUCAAGCUUGCGGAGAGCAAUAUCUUCUGUACGAAAAGGCCUGAUGACAUCAUUUGUGCCGAAACACCUUGGUUUUAACCACAUUUCAAGGCAAGCUGUCAUUUCUGAUCACACAAGGCCUUUGGCACAAUUUCUGUUUGGUGACCAAGGGGAUCCUAGAGCCAUUCUUGUCAUUGACGGAACGUAUAUCUAUAUACAGAAGAGUGACAACUUCCACUUCCAAAGGCGCACCUACAGCAUCCAUAAAGGCCGUCCUCUAGUGAAGCCUAUGGUGAUAUGCACCACAUCAGGGUACUUCCUCUCCAUUUUAGGACCAUAUUUUGCAGACUCCAAGAACAAUGACGCAGCUAUUCUGAACCAUGCCAUUGCCAAAAAUGUGGACACCAUACGUCAGUGGGUCAAGGAGGAAGAUGUCAUGGUUGUGGAUCGCGGGUUUCGAGACUCGCUUCAAGUUCUCGAAGACCUUGGUAUAAAGGCCCAGAUGCCAUCUUUUCUCAAGAAAGGUGAUAAGCAGUUAUCAACAGAAGAUGCAAACUCCUCCAGGCUGGUAUCAAAAGUGAGGUGGGUGGUAGAGUCUGCAAAUGCACGAAUAAAAAAAUGGAAAUACCUUAACAAUGUAUUACCAACUAACCAAGUUCCAUACAUCGGGGACUAUGUCCGAAUAGUUUGUGCAUUGUCGAACAAGUUUUCGCCGCCUUUGUCAAAAUCCUCACCACAAGAUGAAAAUAUUGCAGCCAAAAUGCUUUACUUAUCCCAUCAGAAAAACAAUCUGCAGCAGUAUGUUCUGGAGAAUGGCCUUGACAGAAGAAGUGUCAUCUGGAAGCCUAUUGAUCAGGUUGAUAGUUUGGAAAACUUCCCAAAGUUAGAUGAAGAGGACCUCUCAAACAUCACGUGUGGUAGCUACCAACUUCGCCUCAGCUCUAGCUACAUUCAAGAGCAUAUUGAAGGGGAAGCAGACAUGUUUGUUCAUCGAGAAGACCCAGGCUUGAUACAGGUGAAGCUGCAAUCUCGACACGUCUCAUCCAGGAAACACUCCCUUUGGAUCCAGUUCAAUGAAACAGAAAUUAUUGCCACCUACUGCAAAUGCCGAGCAGGAGCGCGAGUUGUAGGGGUGUGUUCUCAUGUAGCAGCUGUAUUGUGGUUCCUUGGUUUUUCUAGGCAUGCACAGAGGGAGUGUCCGUAUGGUGUCCAGAACUGGGGCGACUCACUUCAAGAUGCUGCAGUCAUUGAUGACUCCGACUCUGAUGACAGUUUGUGUGAGGAAUAACUGUGUGAAGUUCCUUCUGAUGGCUCUU